GAGAGAAGGGGGGGGGAGGAGAGGGCACGAGUUGGGUGGAGAGCGAGUGGGGGUGUAGAACGCAGGGCCAGUCGAGGGAUCCCAGACAGAGCGCAGCUCAGCGCGCAGCACGCACCGCGGGACCACUGCUCGCCUUGCCUGGACGCCCAAGUUUUUGCGGAGCAAGUUUCACACCGGCCGAGGAACGGCGACUUGGCUUCUUCACUCGAGGAAUAAUAAUACUACACCGGUGCGGCGGAUUGAACUAAGGGUUUUUUUUCUUCGCCCCCCCUACCUCUCCGCAACCCCAUCGCCUCUCCCUCUCCCCCCUUGUUGCUGUCUUUUAAAUGUGGAUCUGCUUCACUGGACGCUGUAGAAGAAGGCCGGUUGGUGGGGAGGGCAAGGAGUGAACCAACGGGAAGACUUUGGAUUUGCUUUCGUUGUUGGAGGGAGUGUUGGGAGCUUGGAGUCGUUGUCCUCCUCCUGCUACAGCUACAGAUGCGAGGGCACAUUGACUAGGGAGAUAACGACACAAGAGUUCGAGUGGCCAGGGGGUCCCCAGGACCUGCGGGGCCCCAGGGGAAAUGGGGGUAGGAGGCACCAUGGCCCCAAGGAAUGACAGCCCAGCUGGAACGCCGCCGCGCACGGCUCUGCUGGCCCUCCUGCUGCUGCUGCUGCUCAAAGUGGCCUUUGUGCACGGCCUCAACAAGAGGGCGUUCAGCCCCUUCCACUUCACGUCGGAGCCGCGGGACAUGGUGGCGGCACGGGGCUCGUCGAUCGUGCUCAACUGCUCGGUGCGCACCUCGGAGGGCACCCCCCGCAUCGAGUGGAAGAAGGACGGCACCUUCAUCAACCUGGCGACGGACGAGCGGCGCUCGCUGCUGCCGGGCGGCUCGCUGCAGCUGCAGAACGUGCUGCACGGGAAGCACCACAAGCCGGACGAGGGCACCUACCAGUGCGUCGCUACCGUCGACUCCCUGGGCACCAUCGUGAGCCGCACCGCGCGGCUCGUCGUAGCCGGAAUUCCCCGCGUCACGGCGCAGCCCGAGCCGGUGUCGGCGCACGCAGGCGAUGCCGCUGUCCUCUCCUGCGAGGUCGGGGGCGAGCCGAUGCCCGGCGUGCGGUGGCAGAAGGACCGGGCGAACCUGACGCUCGACGGGCGCCGGCUGGCGCUGCUGGCCGGCGGGGCGCUGCUGGUGGAGCGCGUGGAGGCGGGCGACGCCGGCGUUUACCGCUGCGUGGCCGAAAACAUCGCCAGCUCGCGGGCCAGCGACGAGGCCGAACUCGGAGUCCUAGCCGAGUCGGGCGCCCCGCGGAGGCCCGUGCUUCUGCGCCGCGCGAGCGACGUGACGGUGCGGGCGGGAUUGGGCGCCACCCUGGACUGCGCCGUGAGCGGCCACCCACGUCCCAGCUUGCGCUGGCUCAAGGAAGGUCACCCCGUCCGGGAAAGUUCCGGCAGGGUGACCAUGCUGCCGAAUGGACAGCUGAGGUUUUCCGAGGUCGCUGUGGAAGACUCGGGGAUUUACCAGUGUGUGGUGACCGGUGAAAAUGAGACCCUCAAAGCUCAUGCCGAGCUCUCCGUGCAGACCGCUCCGGUGUUUGCGAAGCGCCCGAGGGACACGCUCGCCUACGAGGGCAUGGACGUGGUGCUGGCGUGCAGCGUGACCGGCCACCCCGUGCCCACCGUCAAGUGGGUGAAGAAUGGAGACAUUGUUAUCCCGAGUGACUACUUCCAGAUUGUGGACGAUCACAACCUCAAAAUCCUGGGGCUGGUGAGGUCGGACGAGGGCAUUUAUCAGUGCAUUGCCGAGAGCGAGGCCGGAAAUGCCCAGUCGAGUGCGCAGCUUCUCGUGCUGGAGAGAGACGACAUCGGCCACUCCGUGUCUCCCAACCCGUCGUCCCACCCCCCGUCUGUGACCGGUGCCGCCGCCGCCGCGAACGACCGCCACCGCACAGCGAGCGGCGGGGAGGCCCCUCUGCCCUCGGCGCCCCGCGACGUCGUGGCCGCCCUGGUGUCAACGCGCUUCGUCAAGCUCAUGUGGCGAGCGCCCGCCGACCCGCAGGGAGACAUCCUGGGCUACACCGUCUUCUACGCCAAGGAGAAGGCCAACAGGGAACGAGCGGUGAACACCACCAAGCCAGGGGACCUGCAGGUCACCGUCGUCGACCUCCACCCUGAGGCGGAGUAUUCCUUCCGCGUCAUGGCCCUCAACAGGCACGGCCUGGGAGAGAGCUCCCAGCCGAUCAGGGUGGCCACGCAGGCUGAAGUGCAAGUGCCGGGGCCGGCUAUGAAUCUGGAAGCCGAAGUCACCUCUGCUACCUCCAUCACUCUGAGCUGGGACAUGCCCAUCUCAGGCAAUGGCCCGAUCCUCAACUACCGCCUUUACUACAUGGAGCGGAGCCCGGGUGUGGAUGGGGAGCAGGAGGUGGACGUGGGCGGCCAGUCGUACAGCAUGCACGGCCUCAAGAAGCACACGGAGUACGGCUUCCGCGUGGUCGCUGUCAACCGGCACGGCCCGGGCGCCUCCACCGAGGACGUGGUGGCACGGACCUACUCCGACGUUCCCAGCGCUCCACCUUCCAACGUGACCAUAGAAGUUCUCAAUUCAAAGACCAUUAUAGUGCGCUGGCUUCCUCCGCCGCAAGGGAUGCAGAACGGGCCUAUAACCGGCUACAAAAUCCGUCACAAGAAGGGCUUCAGGCGCGGAGAAACGGAAAACACAGAGGGAAACCAACUCUGGCAUCAGCUUUCAGGUCUUGAAAAGGGCUCCGAGUACAGCUUCAGGGUGGCAGCAAUGAACAUUAAUGGGACGGGUCCGUCCUCUGAAUGGGUUUCGGCGGAGACCUUUGAAGACGACUUGGAUGAGUCGCGCGUGCCCGACCAGCCCAGCUCGCUGCACGUUCGGCCACUCACCACCAGCAUCGUGGUGAGCUGGACGCCCCCGGCCAGCCACGGCGUCAUGGUGCGGGGAUACCUCAUCGGCUACGGUGUGGGCAGCCCCUACGCCGAGACCAUCCGCGUCGACACCAAACAGCGCUACUACGCCAUCGACAACCUGGAACCAAAUCACCAGUACGUCAUCUCUCUGCGGGCUUUUAACCAAAUGGGGCAGGGCGUGCCGCUGUACGAGAGCGCGACCACACGUGCCGUCACAGACCCUGAAGAUCCUGCGGAGGAUGACCUGUUUGACCUUUUCGUGGACCCUUUCACGGCAGUCCCAGAUCUCCCCACUCCCAUGCUGCCCCCCGUGGGGGUCCAGGCCUUCGUCAUCUCCCACGACACCAUCAGGGUCACUUGGGCAGACAACACUCUGGCCAAGAACCAGCGCAUCCCAGACGCGCGCCACUACACCAUCCGUUGGAAGACAUACUUCUCCACCACAGCCAAAUACAAGACGGCGAACUCCACGACAUUCACGUACCUGGUGAGCGGCCUCAAGCCCAGCACGCUGUACGAGUUCUCCGUCAUGGUCACCAAGGGACGUCGCUCAAGCACCUGGAGCAUGACGGCACAGGGCACCACAAUGGAGGCGGUGCCUUCGUCCGCUCCAAAGGAUCUCACGGUCAUCAGCAAAGAGGGAAAACCUCGGACCGUCAUUGUGAACUGGCAGCCCCCGGUCGAAGCCAAUGGCAAAAUCACAGGUUAUAUCAUCUACUAUACGACCGAUGCCACAGCUGAGCUGCAUGACUGGGUUGUGGAGCCUGUGGUGGGUGACCGUCUAUCCCACCAAGUGCAGGAGCUCACGCUGGACACGGGAUACUACUUCAAGAUCCAGGCUCGUAACACCAAGGGCAUGGGCCCGCUCUCCGAUGCGGUGUCGUUCCGCACACCCAAGGUUUCCACCACUGCUGCAAAAGGGGCAGUUGGAGAGGGAGGCUCCUGGCCUGGCAACCCCUUUGACAGGGCCAGUUUCAAUGACGCCCCGACGGGACAGAUCCCGCCUCCACAGGGCGCCCGCGGCUCCGCGCUGGACAACAACCUCCUCAUCAUCAUCGUCGUGACGGUGGGCGGGGUGACCGUCAUCGCCGUCAUCGUUCUGGCCGUCGUGUGUACACGUCGCUCCGCCGCCACGCAGAAGAAGAAAAGGUCGGCGCACAAGCCCAACAAUGGCUCGGGCAAACGCAAAGGCAACCCCAAAGACCUGAAGCCUCCGGACCUGUGGAUCCACCAUGAGACGGUGGCUCUCAAACCAAUGGACAAGUCGCCGGGACCCGACAGUGCCCUGACGGACACACCGAUGACGCACGGCUCCCACGAGAUCGAGGGCUACGGCCGAGACUCCGAAGAUGGGAUGUCGACUAUGGAACGAUCUAUAGCAGCUCGCCACGCCAUGCGGCCGAAGAUCGUGAUUCCCGGGGAGUCUCAGUCACAACUGUUGGCAACAGCCUCCCGCCACCAUAACCCGGCAAAGAAUCACCCGUCCUACCUCUCCCUCCCCCGGCCGCCACCACCACCGCACCACCACCAUCACCACCACCACCACCACCAGCUCUCCCCGCUGCCCCCUGCGCCCUCUCCGCCCCCCUUAACCGGCACCCCCUCGCCCUCCUGUAGCUUCCCAGGCCCCCCGGCAUACGACGUGUGCAUUGUGGGGCUCCCGGGGGCAGGUGGCGGCAGGGCUUCUGCCAGGGACUCACUGCAGCAGUCGCCAAGCGGCGAAAUGGCCCCAGGUACCGUGCCGGGCCUGGGCGAGAGCGACGGUUGUCCGACGGCCGGACCGGCGGCAGCCGCCGGUGCGGCCGCCGCGUCGGUGGUGGCGGACGACGACGCGCCGGGCCGGCACCUUCCCACGGCGCACGUGCGGCCCUCCCAGCCGCUCACCAGCUUCGCCGUGCCGAUUGUGCCCGCCCACCCGUCCGCCGAUGGCGCCGCUGCCGUGGGCAGCGUGGGCCCGCUCCACCCGCAAGGUGGUCCCCAGCUGCUUCCAGCCAGGACGGCUUCGGUGGGCACAUUGGGACGCACUCGCGCCCCGCUGCCUGUCACCAUGCCCAGCGCCCCCGACGCCCCCGUGGAACCCAGCCACCAUCCCUUCGAGGACACGGAGAGCGCUUUGUGAGGCCCGGCUCAAGGGUUUCCCUCUCGUCAAAAAAAAAAAAAAGCUCACACCUUCACGCUGACGGCAAUUCCCCUUCCCGCAGACCUUCGGGCAAGACGACGAGGAGCUGAGUGCUGAGAUGGCAAACCUGGAAGGGCUGAUGAAGGACCUCAAUGCUAUCACAUCCUCAGGAAUCUGAACAGCCAUUGGCCCAGAGGAGAAAUUACAAAAUUGAACUCGAAUGAAAAGCAUCUGGACAAGUAAGAGACACACAAAUGGCGGUGUCGGUGUAAUUGCGGGCAAACACUGCAGCGUUUUGCAAGCCAUCAACCUGUUAUUUCAAUGCCUCUGGUGUGCCAAGUUCAUCGCUGACUGAUGGAUGAUUAAUGCGGUUUUGUCGCAACCCAUUUUUGAAAGCUUGCUUUGAAGCAAUGAUGGAGAACUUCAAGCUGUACCUUUAAAGACUUUUCCGAGCUCUGAAGUGUCAUCAAAGCUGGGAGACAUCAAUGCGGUGGACAUGCCCCUUGCAAGGGGAAUCGAUGUGGAUUGUUACAUCCUCUACAACGCCACUUUGUGGAAAAGCACCUUUGGAACCCUCGACUUAAAAUCGGCAAAACUGAACACUUCUCUUGAAGGAGAAGAGUGAGAAGACAAUUAGAAAAAGAAAUGUGGGUUAGGGAGAAAGUAAAACAAUACAAUUCUCUUUGCAAAUAAGCGCAUUUUAAAAGUAAAUAUUUUGUUGUAUGCGUAUUUUAACUUUUAUGUCUUCUUGGAGCCUGUAGAUAGCUAUUGUGUUAGUCUGUUGACAUGUACAUACCUGCAAUAUGGUGUCUUUAUGUUACGUACAGUACAAUCACGUAUUUUUUUGCGAAAAAAUCUGGUACCUUUUUUGAUAAUGGGUGCAACCGUGAAUUUUCACGAAAGGGACGUCAAUACCAUUGAAGGGGGCAAAGGGAGGAGGAGUGUGGUGGGAGUGGUGGGGGUGGGGAGUGGGAGGAAGGUUCUGGAUUAACGAUUAAAGUCCAACCAUCAAAGAAGACAUGGGCUGGCAGCGACCUGGAAUUUGAAUCAAUAACGAGCUGCACCUGGGACUAGUUCCCAAGCCUCCUGAACCUCAUUUCAGUGUGUCCAGCUAUGUCAUUUCUUGGAAUAAUUGAAAAUAAAUAUUAUUGUUUUUUUUUUAAGAUGGGAGAAUGAGAGUGGAUAUAUUUAUUUAUUUCCCCCCUCAAUCGCCAUAAGUGGAGAGAUGUGUUUGCAUUAUUGCAGAAUGCAAUAGGGCCACACACACGUGGUAGGCAACAUCUUAACAGCACAAACGGUUACAAUGGGAGUGUUAUAGGGCAGCUGUGCUGUUGUGACUACCAAUUGUGCCAACUUUUUAAGAGUUUUCACUGUUUUCAAUCUGUUCAGGCUCGCAUUCAUUGUAGACGGUGAGACACGUUCAUAAUGCGUGACUCAAAGGGUUCAUAAUAUACCUCCCAUUCGGCCUCCCCCGUACCCGGUGAUUCACACUUGCAGUGUUGGCCAUGGCUGUACACAAGACACAUGGCAGCUGGUCACUGCCAACAUAACGCUUGUAAGAACAUGGCACAAAAUGGGAUUAACGAAUGCUGCGUAUUAUUUUGAUUUGUAUCCAUGAAUGAUUUAUUAUUAUCAUCAUUAUUUUACCUCCUGUAUUACCACGCCGGUUAGUCGAUUCGUCGUGGUGUGGAGAGCUUGUUUUUCCCGUAGACGCUUUGCAAAAGGCCAGUUCAAGAUUUUCUAUCUGGCGCAACUGUUAUAUAAACCGAGCCUUGGUGAUCGCUGCUGCAGAAAUUGUAUCUGUUAAGCCCCUGUGCAUGGCGAGAUGCGCGUGUUGAUGACGGGUGGCACGUAAUUUUUUGUCUCGCGAUGAAGUUGCCAUGGGUGCUCGUCGUCCGCAAAAACAGUUGAAACGUUGAUCAGCAAUGCCAUAUCUGCCUGGCGGUUGCAUCGCCAUGCACGGUGAUGCUUGCCGGUCAAUGUACUCGACUCUGAAACGAACAUGAACCAAUGCUGAUGGAUAACGGUGGAGUACAGAGAAAGAGAGAGAGAGCCCAAAGGCCCCAUUCUUUUACGCACGAAAAAGGCAUCAGUUUUGGUGGUAAUAAUUUGGGGAUGUUGACGAAACAGUUUAUGAAGGACAGAGACGACAGUGUUGAAUUGCUAUGCAGUUCAGGCCUGGAUAUUAAAUAAAUAAAUAACCACUGAGCUUUAUUUAUGGAUGUUAUGUUACUUAGCUCUAAAUUAAAUACUUGAAUAAUUGUACAUUGUCAAAGGUGUACAAAGUGGCAAAAAAUGUUUCCAUUGUAAACAGCGCUUUCUCGGACAAAAUGGGAAGCUUACUUUUCCUAUAUUUGACCCAGGCCGAGAAAAAAGGUACUAACUUUUCAGCACAAUAAUGAAUCCAAGUCUGCGUGUUAUUAGUAUCAAUAUACUGUUGUAGAGUAUGCUGGCUAAUCAAGUCAUUUGGUACAUUUUCCACAUUCUUAUGGACAAUGAUGUAUUUUAAACCAAUCAUUUGCAUAUAUACCAUCACUUACAAUCAUUGCUCUUUUCUAUGAAGGCUGUUUAACCCUGCCAUGACUAGUACUUUAUCCACUUAAAUAUUUCACUUUUUGACCGAGCGUCUGUUAAAUUUGCCACUGUUGCUAUUGUCUGCUUUUAAUAUGUGGCAUACUUAAGAACAUCGAUCAUGUCGAAUGAACAUCCGCAUUUAGCUGACUGAUUUUUUUAAGUUGAUGCCCUAGCUUUUUUUCAGAAUUACACGGUUGUUAAUAUCAAGUGUUAAAUGAUAAAUAUAUAUUUUUUAGUCGUUUGCAUUUAUUCGCUCAAUUUGAGGUUCAUAUUGCUAAGUGCUACGUUUGGUACCGUUUUGCUUUGGAGUAUACUUUUGAGUGUGUGACAAGUGGCUCUUACCGUUUCUGAAACUGUUAACAUUUAGACCCUUAAAGACGCUCAUUGUGAUACAAAUGAAUAAAACUGCUGUCUUAUAUAGAA